UUUGAAACUAAGUGACUAACUAAAGAAUGAAAGGCUUUCGGCUGAAGACAUUAAUAACUGUUCUAUUCGGAAUACUUGGCAUUGUUCAUUGUCAAGAAGUCUUGAGCGCAGAAAACGACAUUUGCAGACUCUUCAAAGAUGACGUCUUGUUGCGAAAGCCAGGCUUUUGUCAUAUCGGCAUAAGAUGUAAAGGCUUUAAGAGCAUCACUGAGAUUGAAUGUGACAAAAAUCAGUUUUACAAUCGAAAUACUAACAAAUGUGAAAGAACUUCUACCGACAAAUACUGUGCCACAGCAUGUUCUUCUAAAUCUCAGGGUUAUAUUGCGGACAAUAAAAACUGUCAAGGCUGGUAUAACUGCAAAGGAUCUACUACGGUUAGCUUUGGCUUUUGUGCGAAUGGUCUGGCUUUUAAUGAAAAUAACGGCAUGUGCGAUUAUCCGGAAAAUUUUUCUUGCAAAAAGGAAUUUGAUUUUUGUGAUGUAGUGCCUAAUUCAACACCAUUUUUGCACGAGAAGAACUGUGCUGGCUACUACGAAUGCGUGAGAAACAGACUAGUGGAGCAGGCUUGUGAUCCCGGUAAUUACUUUGAUGUUGUAACAGGAACUUGCAUUCCAAAGAAUAAAGUUUAUUGUGCAAAAUAUCCGUAUCCGAAUGAAGUGUGCGGUAAUACAAAACUUGCAAUAAGAAAUCACUUUGUCAGUGAUGACGCCACUUGUCGGGGAUAUUUUUACUGCAAAGACCUCGGUGUUGGUAUCCCAGAUGCAACACCGAUUUGGGGACAGUGCUCGGCAACAAGAUUUUUCGAUCCCACAGAAGAGGCUUGUUUACCUCGGGCACAUGUGCAAUGUGCUGAAGAUCGGUGCGACGGUCGAAAUGAUGGUUAUGAGUUAAGUUCAAAAUCUGGCUGUCAACAUUACCUAAUUUGCAAAGGCAACAGUACUUUAGAGGAAGUUUAUUGUGGCGCCGAUAAGUGGUUUAAUGCAGACAAAAAUGAGUGCACCACAACUAUUACAUCGUAUCCAGCUUGCUCUUAAAUCUAGAUUUUCGUGCACCCAUCUGUGCUUUACGUGGGGCACCAUAUAACUGUAACAACUUUACUCAAUACUUACACUAAUAUCAGUAUAUAAAGCUCUUUCAAAUCUACAAUUAAUAAUAAUAUGUAUGUCAUAUGUUGAUAAAUAAUUAUUUACAUCGACCUAAAAAAUAUUUUUCUAAAAUUGUAAAGAAAAUAAAACAUAUGGACCAAUAUAAUCGGACUAAAUGUUAAUGGUGGUCUACUUGCCAAUACACACAAAAAUAUAAUCCUUAUUAUCCGAGAUAUUCAUUGGAUACCAUAAUUAUCUACAAUCUUAAAAUUGUACUCAAAAUAAAUAAGGGUAUUUUGAUUAGUUUCUUUUUACUGCACCAUA